AUGGGUAACCAAAUGAGUGUUCCACAAAGCGUUGAAGACCAAGAGGACAAAUCGGAGACAGUCACUAACCAGACAGGCCAACGAUUGUGUGCGGAUGACAGCGGAGUGAGCUUAACCUCACAGGUUUCCAGAUCAGCGCCAUCUGGGAAAGAGUGUGCCGUCAACGGCGCGCCCGCGAUCCUGUCAACUUACACCAUUCAACACUAUGAUGAAGUGUCUCAGCCUGUACCAGGACGUGCUGGAGACCAAGCCGCAGAUUCAUCCACUGGAUCGGUACAGCUUGAUGUCCGCUCCAAUAAGUCCCCAGGGAACAAAGCCCCAAGUGAGAACAUGGCACUCCCGGUGGCAGCUGCAGCGGGACCCGGCCCCGAUAAAACCUCAGGGCAGACCCCCGCUGAAGCCGAAGCUACCUCUGCCUCUUGGGGACCAGCGCCUCUCCCCACUGAGUCACGGGGAGCAGCCCCCUCCAAGCGCAAGGACACCAGCUUUUUCGACAAACUCUUCAAAGUGGACAAGGGACACGAAGAGGCACCCGUUGAUAGCCAACCAGAAACCCAGCGCGCCGAGCGUCAAGAAGCUGUGGAAAUUGCUGGAUUAUCCAGCGCGUCCGACGAUGUCCCCGCAGAGCAGGAGAACCCUCAGGCCACAGUUACAACAGAGAAUAAUAAUUCCAUCAUGAGUUUCUUUAAAACUCUGGUUUCACCUAACGAAGCUGAACCAAAAAAAGAUCCUCAAGACACGGGUGCUGAAAAGUCACCCCCUACUGCGGCUGACCCCACGUCAGACAAAGCCAACUUCAUACCCCAGGAGACCCAAGGGGCAGCCAAGAAUCCUAAAGGCUCCAACCCCCCGGGACACGUGCCGUCGGCAGCUUCCCCUGAGAUGGCAAAGGAAGGUACCAAGGAGAAAGCGGGGCCUACCUCUCUGCCUCUGGGCAAACUGUUCUGGAAAAAGUCAAUUAAAGAGGAUUCAGUCCCCACAGGUUCAGAGGAGAAUGUGGUGUGUGAAUCACCAGUAGAGAUUAUAAACUCCAAGGAAGUAGAAUCAGCCUCCCAAACAGUGGAUCUCAACGAGGACGGAGAUGCUACACCAGAACCCGCAGAAGUAAGACCCAAAGGAGAAGAGGGCAAACCACCAAGAACCUCCCUGAUGACGUUUUUCAGGCAAAUGUCAGUGAAAAGGGAAGGAGAGCGCGCCCACUCAGAAGAAGUAAAUGGGAAAGAUUCGGACUACCAAACAUCAGACUCCACAGAGAAGGCCAGCACACCGCCAGAGCCGGAGCCGGAGCUGGCCACAGCAGGCCAGAAGGGGAGAGAGGGCUCCUCGAAGGACAAGAAGUCGCCAGCCGAGAUGAGCAAGCAGAAAAGCAACAAGCAAGAAGCCAAAGAACCAGCCCCGAGUGUGGAGCAGUGCGUGGUGGAGGUGGACUCACUGCAGAAUGGGGACAAACCCCAAAAAAGACCCAAGAAGGGGCGGCAGUCCCUUGGGGGCUUCCUGAAGGGCCUGGGACCAAAGCAGAUGUUGGACGCUGAAGUGCAAACAGACCCAGUAUCCAUCGGACCCAUUGGCAAAUCCAAGUAAACAAACCACCACAGUUCCCACCAAGUUCUCCUGCCAUCAAGAUGCCUUCUCCCUCUUCAACCUGUUCCCCAAACCCGCUCCAUGUAUAUAUUUUUGAUUCUCUUGACCAUCAAAUGAAAUUCUGCCUACCCAUUAAGCCUGAGCUGUUGUAUAUUGAGGUGUAUUAUUUACGUCUCUGGUCCAGUCUUUCCUGGUAAAUAACUGUAAAGAGGGUUCAGUACGUUCACUAGUUAGGUUAGAAGAGUUGAUAGUUGUCAGGCCGGGGGAGGGAGGAGGUGAAGGAACGCAUUCUAGUUAAGCGAUGAAAAGUGGCAGUGACGGUAAGCUGCAGAAUCCGUUUGGCUGCUAAGAGGAAUGAAGCUUUGUAGUAAAUACAUGCUCAUCCUCUGAGUUUGAAGAGGGAAAAAUAAAAUCAAUUUAAGUUCGCGUUUCACAGGGGAAGAACACGGGCUGUGUAUUGGGAGAUUGCCAACUUCCGGGAAUGGAAUGUGUGGGGUGUGACAAAGGAAUGAAUAAGAGUGGUUUUUCAAAUAGGGUCCUUGAAUGUUGUUGAUGAGAGGAGAAUGAUUGACUGGAGAGGGCUAGAAAUAA